UCCGGAUAGCAAUUCCAUUUUCUCGCCGGGGACUCGGGCUUUCCCUACGUCAGCGGUAGCGAGCGCGAUGUCGGGAGCGAGCUCGGACAAGGGCUGAGUUGCGUCAGUGGCGAGCGCGCGUGUUCGUCCCCCGGGCGCGCGCGCCCCUGCCAGCUCCGGGGCCCCAGGCGGGGUUGGGGAGUGAUGGAGCGGGCGGCGGCGGCGGCGGCCGAAGCGACCGGACGCUGAGUGGAACCUGCGGCGGAGUCGGCCGACAUGGGGUCCCGCGCGGGCUCGCCCUUUGGCACACUCCGCUUCCAGUGGCUGCUGUUGUUGGGCUUGGUGGGCCCGGUCCUCGGCGGGGCUCGGCCAGGCUUUCAACAGACCUCACAUCUCUCUUCUUAUGAAAUUAUAACUCCUUGGAGAUUAACUAGAGAACGAAGAGAAGCCCGUAGGCCCUAUUCAAAACAGGUAUCUUAUGUCAUUCAAGCUGAAGGAAAAGAGCAUAUUAUUCACUUGGAAAGGAACAAGGACCUUUUGCCCAGAGAUUUUGUAGUUUAUACCUAUAACAAGGAAGGGGCUCUGAUCUCUGACCGUCCUGAUAUACAGGACCAUUGUCAUUAUCGGGGCUAUGUGGAAGGAGUUUAUGAUUCAUCCAUUGCUCUUAGUGACUGUUUUGGACUCAGAGGAUUGCUGCACAUAGAGAACGUGAGUUAUGGGAUUGAACCCCUGCAAAACAGCUCUCAUUUUGAGCACAUCUUUUAUCGAAUGGAUGAUAUCCGCAAAGAGCCUCUGAAAUGUGGCGUUUCCAACAAGGAUAUAGAAGCAGAAACAGCCCAGGAUGAAGAGGAAGAGCCUCCCAGUAUCACUCAGCUGCUUCGAAGAAGAAGAGCUGUGCUGCCACAAACCCGCUAUGUGGAGCUGUUCAUUGUUGUAGACAAGGAAAGGUAUGACAUGAUGGGAAGAAAUCAGACUGCAGUGAGAGAAGAGAUGAUUCGUUUAGCAAACUACUUGGAUAGUAUGUAUAUUAUGCUAAAUAUUCGAGUUGUGCUAGUUGGACUAGAGAUUUGGACAAAUGGAAACCUGAUCAGCACAAUUGGUGGUGCUGGUGAUGUGUUGGGAAACUUUGUACAAUGGCGGGAAAAGUUUCUUAUAACACGUCGGAGACAUGACAGUGCACAGCUAAUUCUGAAGAAAGGUUUUGGUGGGACUGCAGGAAUGGCAUUUGUGGGAACAGUGUGUUCAAGGAGCCACGCAGGCGGGAUCAACGUGUUUGGGCAAAUCACAGUGGAGACAUUUGCAUCUAUUGUUGCUCAUGAGUUGGGUCAUAACCUUGGAAUGAAUCAUGAUGAUGGGAGAAAUUGUGUUUGUGGAGCCAAGAGCUGCAUUAUGAAUUCAGGAGCAUCAGGUUCCAGGAACUUCAGCAGUUGCAGUGCAGAGGACUUUGAGAAGUUAACUUUAAAUAAAGGAGGAAACUGCCUUCUUAAUAUUCCCAAGCCUGAUGAGGCCUAUAGUGCUCCUUUCUGUGGCAAUAAGUUGGUGGACCCCGGGGAAGAGUGUGACUGUGGUUCUCCAAAGGAAUGUGAAUUGGACCCUUGUUGUGAAGGAAGUACUUGUAAGCUUAAAUCAUCUGCUGAAUGUGCAUAUGGUGACUGUUGUAAAGACUGUUUGUUUCUUCCAGGAGGUACUUUAUGUAGAGGAAAAACCAAUGAAUGUGAUGUUCCAGAAUAUUGCAAUGGUACUUCUCAGUUCUGUCAGCCAGAUGUUUUUAUUCAGAAUGGAUAUCCUUGCCAGAAUAACAAAGCCUAUUGUUACAAUGGCAUGUGCCAAUAUUAUGAUGCUCAGUGUCAAGUCAUCUUUGGUUCAAAAGCCAAGGCUGCCCCGAGAGAUUGUUUCAUUGAUGUGAAUUCUAAAGGUGACAGAUUUGGUAAUUGUGGCUUCUCUAAUAAUGAAUACAAGAAGUGUGCCACUGGAAAUGCUUUGUGUGGAAAACUUCAAUGUGAGAAUGUCCAAGAGAUGCCUGUAUUUGGAAUUGUGCCUGCUAUUAUUCUGACCCCCAGUGGAGGCACCAAAUGUUGGGGUGUGGAUUUUCAGCUAGGAUCAGAUGUUCCAGAUCCUGGGAUGGUGAAUGAAGGUACAAGAUGUGAUGUUGGAAAGAUCUGUAGAAAUUUCCAAUGUGUAAAUGCUUCUGUUCUGAAUUAUGACUGUGACAUUCAGAAGAAGUGUCAUGGACAUGGGGUGUGUAAUAGCAAUAAGAAUUGUCACUGUGAAAAUGGCUGGGCUCCCCCAAAUUGUGAGUCUAAAGGAUACGGAGGAAGUGUGGACAGUGGACCUACAUACAAUGACAAGAAUACUGCACUGAGGGAUGGACUUCUAGUAUUCUUCUUCUUAGUUGUUCCCCUUAUUGUGUUGGCUGCUUUUGUCUUCUUCAAGAGAAAUCAACUACGACAAAGAUGCUUCAGAAAGAAGAGAUCACAAACAUAUGAAUCAGAUGGCAAAAAUCAAGGAAAAGUUUCUAGACAACCACCGAGUGUUCCUCGACACGUUUCUCCAGUGACUCCUCCCAGAGGACCUAAUGUAUAUGAAAACAGAUUUCCUGUACCAACAUAUGCAGUGAAGCAGCCUCAGCAGUUCCCAUCAAGGCCACCUCCACCCCAACCGAAAGUAUCAUCUCAGGGAAAUUUAAUUCCUGUUCGUCCUGCUCCUAAACCUCCUUUAUAUAGCUCCCUCACUUGAUUGUUUUACCUUUUCUUUUGUCGAUAUCUUCAGGGAAGCUAAUAGUUUUUUUUCCUGAUAUUUUCUUGAAAAUCCUUUCCUCCUGCUGCAACUAUGAAUGAAAAUAAAACACCGCAAAAACAUAGCUAACACAGAAAAACAAAAAUUGAAUAUUGGGAAUUGAGAAAUAUAAGAAGUUUAACAAAGUCAGGGAAUUUAAAAUAACAUUUUCAUUUGUUAACACAGAAAAACAAAAAUUGAAUAUUGGGAAUUGAGAAAUAUAAGAAGUUUAACAAAGUCAGGGAAUUUAAAAUAACAUUUUCAUUUCUAUCACUGAAUAAGUUGUAUUCAGUCAUCUGUGAAGUUAAUGUCUCUAACAUGGAUUGUUAUUUUGAACAUGUUACUGUAAUAAUCCUCAAAUUAACUGUAUUGGUUAAAUUUUGUCAUUAUAUGCUUAAAUGUAAUUAUGAAUUUUGAUCUUAGUUAUCAUUAAUGUAGUUUCAGGUUGAACAUGUGAUAAUCUAAUACCUGUGAAAACUGAUUAAUUUACUACUAAUAAUAUAAAUUUUUCAUCUUGCACAGAUUAAUCAUCAUCAUAUGCUAGAUUCUUGAAUAAAAGUUUAUUCUGUCUUUGAAAGAAUGCACAAAUCCCACAAUUAAGGUCCAUAAUAUUUUUAAGUACAAAAUACAGUAAAGGUCUAUAUGUGUAUAUUCACACACAGUCAUCUUCCAUUUUUACGAUCAUUCUAUAGAUAAGGGAAUCUAUGGAUUCUGUAGAUAACAGAGUCUAUGGCUCUAUCUAUGGAUAAUUAAUAUUAGAAAAAUUAAUUUAAUAGAAUUCUAUUGUGAAUCAUGUUAAAACAUGACAUCCUUUUGCAAUAGCAUUAUUUUAAUAAAGUAUAAACCUUAAGGUACGAAGUAUUUAAUAGAACUGAUCAGAUAAAUGCUGUUGAUUCAUGGCUGUAUAAAGCAGGAACAAUUAUAUGUUUAAUCAAUUGAGCUUAUAAAACCAGUUGAUAAUUUCAUAAGCACUUUAAGUGUAAAAUCUGAAACUUCAAAGCUUGCUUUUAAUAUAAUUUAGAAUGUUUACAUUUACUAAAGUGUGCUGGAACAUGUCUUUCUUGACACUAAUAUUUCCAAAGGAAUUAGGCUAGAGAAAGGAAGAAAGGUUUUCUUAGAUAAGUGCAAAAAUGUUACGUGGUGUCUAUAAGUUAUCAUGACUGUUAAAAAUGAAUUUUUACUAUGGAAGAAAUGUUAUGGAUCAUAAAAUUUUAAGCACUUAAAAAUUUUACAUAAUCUUUCAUAAUAAAGUUUAAUAAUAGGUUUAUUAACUGAAUUUCAUUAGUUUUUCAAAGAAAACUUGGUUUGUGUAUAUAUACAUAUGCAAAUAUAACAUUUACAAUAAAUUACUUGAAAUUCUG